CGGCGGCACCAUCCGUCCACAAAUGCCCAUAAAAUCUUGAUCCACCGAAGCAAGGCGGCGGCGGUGAAGCAUGGCAGUCACUGGGAAGCGCGGCGUGGGGAUUCCGACGAUACUCCUGCAUGAUGGGGAAGGCACGAUCGUGACGGUGGAGAUGAAGAAUGGAGAUCUGUAUCGAGGGUACUUGGACGAAACCGAAGACAACAUGAACUGCCUGCUCAAGGACGCGAUCCGCACCGACGUGCGCGGCAUCACCACCCAUUGCGAGCAUGUGUACCUUCGAGGCAGUCAAAUCGUGUUCAUCGUGUUCCCAGAUAUGCUGAAACAUGCACCGUUCUUCAAACGGGUGAAGCUGUGGAAGAAGCAUCGGGGGUCGAUACCAGCAUUGGGGUUGGGCGGCGGCGCACAUAUAGGGCUCGGGUCGGGUCCUCGAGGUCAAACGGGAGCGCACAUGCGAAGCACUCAAAUGCGUCGCUAGUAAUCUCAUUAACAUGAUCAUACAGGUAGGCCAUCUUUUCGUUGGGAACUUAGGCAUACAUAUAUGGCUGCAUCUGCUACACUACGCUACUUGGUGUACAGAUAGAUCGGUCGCUUGAACCCGUGCGUGGACGUGCUGCAUACUUUGAGCAGUUCCACGGACGAGAACCCGACCGUGUGGCACAAAUACUGUGCAAAGUCCUUGGGCCGCAGCGCGAUGCGGUCGUAGUUGGCUUGCGUCGUAGCGUUGGUGUGUUUUCGAUUGAAGUACGACUUCCAUUUCUACAUACAAUCAGCAAGUCCAUGAUGCCGUCGUCAUGCAUCCUCGACGUACCUGCGGUUCCAAGACGAAGCGACCGCCCGGCAUGAGCAACGCAUACACCAAGUGGAACACUUGCUUUAACCCGUCAUCGCCAUGAAACAAAUGGAUCCACUUGGUCACGGACAAGCUAUACAUCAUAUUGAUAUGUGUUUAUUCUAACAGUAAAUAAUGAAGAAUCAUCGGCACAAGGAUUUAGCCAAUC